ACAAAUUCACUUUCGGUUUCCAAAAGACGUGAGCAAGAAAGAAUCGGAGGGAACAGGCUUGUGGGACUGAGGAGGGAUAGAAUGUGCUUCCCAGCCCUUCAGCCUCUGGAGAAAGGCUAGCCCCCCUUGCAGGGCAAGGCGGAAGCCGGGAGAAUUUAUCCCGAGGGGCCGCCUGGGCUGGUAGAGAUGGCACUCUUUCAGGCCCUGUAUGACACCCCUGCAGACAAGCUGUCUGCCUUCGUGGGGCAGAAACUUCAGCCCGAGGAGGACUGGAAGGAGGAAGUGAAGGAUACCUGGCAGAGAAUUGAGCAUUUCUUCCGGGAACAGUGCUUCCGAGAUGAGCUGGUUCUAGACCAAGAAGUCAGGGUGCUGAAGGUGGUGAAGGGUGGCUCCUCUGGGAAGGGAACAACAUUGAACUACAGCUCCGAUGUGGACUUGGUCUUGUUCUUGAGCUGUUUCCCCAGCUUCCAAGACCAGGCAAAGCACCGCAGAUUGAUCAUCAGCUUCAUCAAGAAGAGACUGACUCAGUACAGCAGGAGCCUGGCCUACAGCAUCACCAUGGUCCCGUGGAGAGAGACGAACAGGGUCCCCCGCUCCCUGUCCUUCCAGGUCCAGCCCAGGAAGAACAGUGAAGCCAUUGGAGUGGAUGUGCUCCCAGCCUAUGAUGCUCUGGGGCAUUUUUGCCCGGACUCUAAACCAUCACCAGAAAUCUAUGAAAACUUAAUAACCAGUCAUGCCACGCCUGGAGAGUUCUCGCCAAGCUUCACAGAGUUGCAGAGGCACUUUGUGAAAAGUCGACCUGUUAAGCUAAAGGACCUCCUGCGGCUGGUGAAGCACUGGUACCUGCAGUACUUGAAACGUAAAUAUCAAAACAAAGCAUUGCCCCCAAAAUAUGCUCUGGAGCUACUGACCAUCUAUGCCUGGGAAAUAAGUACAGACAAAAGCAACAAUUUCAACCUGGGUGAAGGGUUUAGAGCUGUGAUGGAACUCCUCAUAGAUUAUGAAAACAUCUGCAUAUAUUGGACCAAGUACUAUGAUUUCCAAAAUGAGACUGUCAGAAUCUAUCUCAAACAACAGUUGAAGGAACGCAGGCCAGUUAUCCUGGACCCAGCUGAUCCUACCAACAACCUGGGAAGUAAAAAGGGAUGGGACCUGGUGGCCAGAGAGGCUGUUCACUGCCUGAGGCAGGCCUGCUGCUGGACUGAAGACCCCAGCCAGGGCUGGCAUGUACAGGUACAAUCACCCCCACCCCUCAGUCAUGACUCAGUGCUGACCUUACUUCAGCACACACACACAUACACACAC